GGAGCCUUUAGAUUACUUAAUCUGGAAAAUCCUAAUAAUCCUGAUAAACCUACUGUUCUAGGUCCUGAUGUCGCUGUCGUCCUUAAAUCCAGAUGGGAUACUUUCUCAGAUGAUGAAAAAGAUAUGUCGUAUCCUCCAAUUUCUCCAAAUUUUGUUGUUGAGUUACGUUCACCAAGCGAUUCCUCUCAGUAUGUGCACAGAAAAAUGAAACUCUGGGUAGAAGCAGGAGUAGAAGAAGCUAUAUCUAUAGACACAAUUGCAAAUCCACCAGAAGUUAGAAUCUAUACCCUUAAUCCUGACACUAAUCGUGUCGGUUGGAAAACACUGGCGAGCCCCACUCGGGUUGUAUCGCAAGUUCUCCCAGG